AUUAAGGUAAGCACAUGCCAUUAUGAAAAUAAGUCAUUUUAUUUACUUUCACCCUUUGGGGGGUACAGUCGUGAAAAAGGUUGGGAACCACUGCCCUAGUGGCAUACUAACGCUUAGAUGGCCCAUGCCCAUUCGCCAAAGUGUAGGUACGCCACUGCCUAGGUAUGAACAUUUUUAUGAGGUAUGCCAAGAUAUCAGUAUAUUGGGCAAUUACUAUAAGGUUUUCUCUAACAAUUGAGGCCAAGUGAACAGCCAGAAGCAGAGACUGCGGUAUUUCUGCAGUUCCAUAGAACUCCUUCCUUCUCCUAAUACUUUCACCACAUGUACAGACUAUGAGGCGUUCACAGCCAGUUCCCUGCCGCAUCUCCCGUAUAAAGGGCGACAUUGCGGUUGUGCAGCUCUCCCUCCCUUCCUGGUCCGUGUGCCGGGAGCGGCUUCCAGCACUUUCAAAUGUCGCCCCCGUUCCCAGGCGCCGGUCUCUGUGACUGGCGGCCCCGGGAUGAUUACUUUCGAAAAGAACGUUUACUAUUCGCCGCCUCAGGAGUUUGAAUGGAAUGCGCAUGCGCAGUGCUGCCGCUCUCUCCACACUGACGUUACAGUCCGCCCGGUUCAGUCAGCCCCGGCUGCCCGCAGUGUUACUGCCGCUGUCAGAUACUCUUCACCAAAGUUACUUCUGCGCUAAGGAAAUGGACCAUUUAGAAGAAGAAAUGACUUGCUCUGUCUGCUUGAGCAUGUAUGAUGAUCCUCGAAUUCUACAGUGUUCUCAUUCUUUUUGCAGAAAGUGCCUUGAACACUUAAUGAAGUCUUCAGAUAGCUAUUUAUGGAGAUUGUCACUGGGGAGAUUGAAAUGUCCAGCUUGCAGAGGGUUUACAGAUGUUCCCACUGGAGUUCAUUCACUGCCAGUCAACUUUGCAUUAAAGUCCAUUGUGGAAAAAUAUAAAAGUAACCAUCGAUCGAAAACCUGUGCUGAACAUAGUAGAUAUCAGCUAAACAUGUUUUGUCUUAAAGAUAGAAAAUUGAUAUGUGGCCAAUGCCUUACAGUAGGACCACAUAAAGGUCACCCUGUAGAUGACCCAGAUGUUGCUUAUGCAAAGGAGCAGCAGACAGCUUCUAUGUUACUAGCUACCCUCAGUCAUAAGAACUUCACAGGUGUGUCCUCUGUUAUCAGAUCAUUAGAGGAGCAGAUGACCAAUUGUAAAAACAUUGUACUGGAGGACAAAAAGGAGGUGGUAACGUUUUUCGACAAUUUAAUAGAAGUACUUGAGCAGAAGAAGCAAGAUUUUCUAGCUGCCCUUAAUGAUCUUAACCAACAAGUGGUAGAUGUUUUUUCUUUACAAAUAGAGGAGAUGAGGCAAAUUCAAGACGAAGAAUUGGAUCUAGUGUCUCUGAGCAGUUCUGCUCAGACAGAAGAGUCUCCACUGGUAUACCUAGAGACUAUUCAUGACAUACAGCAAAGAAUGAUAGCCUUAAAGAAGCAACAGCUUCUUCCCAUUCACCCUGUUGAGAUCUACCCCAGGGUUGGGCAAAUGAUAAAAGAUAAAUGGCUGAAGACAAAUACUGGAGAUGUUAAUCUUCUGCCCAUACCAAAGUUUGGCAUUCAUUUUCAGGAGGACCACAGAGCAAUUCCAAGCAGCCCUCAAUGCACAUGGAUAUUAGUCGUUUCUCUAUUAUUUGUCAGUCUUAUAUCAUUAUUAGUUUACUUCAACUCAGGAAUAUCAUCAGACUUUACUAUUCGAUAUUGGACAUGCCUUUCUGAAAUCAUGGGGCCAGUUCUUAAUUUUGGAGAGAGUCCUGUGACUGCAGUAAAGACCGUUUCUCACAAAUUUUCAAGCUUAUAUCUUGACUUUAUUGCCCAACUGCAUUCUUUACUUAGGCUCUAACACGUAUAUGGUAUUUCACUGCAAUAAACACUGCCAUAAAGGAUCGCCCUUAACCCUCUUUGUCAGUACACAAAUAGUACAUAACUUAGGCAUCAUAUGUUCUCACAUAUGGCUACGACAAUGAAACAAUAAAUAAUUUAUAGCUCUUAGAAUGCGAUAAAGAAAUUAUUUAAAGCUGUACUCUGGUGGCAAACUUUAUUUAUUUUUAUUUUUUUAUCAGCUGGUGCCAGAAUGUUAUACAUAUUUGUAAAUUACUUCUAUUUAAAAAGCUUAAUCGUUCCAGUACUUAAUCAGCUGCUGUAUACUACAGAGGACUUUAUUUUCUGUCUCAACACACUCUCUGCUGACACCUCUGUUCGGAAGUGUCAGGAUCUGCCCAGAGCACUAACAGUUCCACAUAGCAAACCUAUCCUGCUCUGGACAGUUCCUGACAUGGACAGAGGUGUCAGCAGAGAGCACUGUGGUUAGACAGAAAAGAACUAUACAACUUCCUCUGUAGUAUACAGUAGCUUAUAAGUACUGGAAGGAUUAAGAUUUUUAAAUAGAAGUAAUUGACAAAUCUGGUUAACUUUCUGGCACCAGUUGAUUUAAAAAAAUGUUUUGCCACCGAAGUAUCCCUUUAAGAUUGCUGUUUGGACAACAAGGCCAAAAUUGGCUUGUCACUAAGCGGUUAACCUCUUCUAGACGGGAUCACUUUUUCCCCCGCAUGAACAGACACAUUUUAAAGCUUUAAAAAUAUUUUUAUAUAUAUAUUUUUUUUUCCGGAAAACUAAGUGAAAAUGAAAAAAGAAAACUAAGUGAAAAUAAGUAGUUUUAAUGUUUUUUAAACAACUUUUUAUUAUUAAAAGUGCCGUUAUGGUUGUUUAUAUAUAGGGUUGGAGCCAGUAGCUGUUUGGCCCAUUGAUUUUUUAUUUCUUUAAAUGCAUUACGUUAUUCUUUACUUUGCGUUUACUUCAUAUUUUUUUAUUUUACAUAUUGUGUUUACAAAUUGUAUUUCCUCUGUAACUGUGGCUGACAUAUUAUCUAGCCCUUGCUGAGUUGUGUGCACAAAACUUGGGAAGGCAGGGAUGGUAAUAAACUGUCCCCACCUUCUAUCUGGAGUGAGCGGCUUUCACUGUCAACCUUCUGAAGUCAACUGCUCACCAUCUUGAUGUUUACAAAACUAUGGGUGGUCAGCAAGUGGUUAAAUCAAGUUUUUAAUUUUUUGUUAAAUAUAGGUAACACAGGUUUACACCAUUCACAAUAGGUGAUAGUCACGGCUCCCCUCCUUUCCCUUAUUCCUAAAGCACUUUUCCAUGGAAACGAUUCAGUUCCGGUUAUAGGUCCUAUGGUAAGUAUGGCUACUGUAAAGCAUUACUUAAAAUGCUGUUAAUUUUAGCUCAAGAUGGCUGUAUGUGAUGUUUUCUAUAUAUGUAGAUGUAUGUAAAAAAUGGAGCUAAGAAAAUACAUCUGGCGAAUUUAUGAGGGUCUAUGAUGAUUGCACACAAUAUGUGGUGUGGUAGUCGACACAGCUCUAUACAUAGAGAGAGCUGGGGGGCCCAAUAGUCAACCACCCCUACCCUGCGAUAAGACACUUAGCCCCUAUCCUUUGAAGAGGGGAUACAUUUUCCUAAACUGGAUUUCUCCUCUAAGGGUACGUUCACACAACCAGAUCCUCUGCGAGUUUCCCACUGCGGGUUAAAGCUGUGGCUAAUUUUCUACAGCAGAAAAUCUGCAGCAGACCCCAUUGAGUCAAUGUAAUCUGCGAAAAAUCUGCUGCAGCUUUAACUUGCAGAAGAUCUGGCCAUGUGAAUGUAGUCUAAGAGUACACUCACACGUGUGUGUUUUGCUGCAGAUUUUCUACAGAUGAUUUUACUGCUCAUUGACUUCAAUGGGUUGCAAAAUCUGCUGCGGAAAAUCUGCUGAAAAACAUUCAGCAAAAUAUUGCAUGUGCGAACAUACCCUAACACUUGCUGAUUUUUUACUGCCUCUAACAGAUCAACUGCAAGAACAUUGAAUGUAGUAUAAUUACUGUCUUUGGAAAGAUGCUGACAAUAAUCUGUAUUUUAAAUAUGCAUUUAUAAGGAUAUUAAAUUAAGGGUCAUCAAAAUGUUAGAGAACAAUUUUCAGAUACUCUGAUAUGAUGAUAAGAAUAAUAUUUAGGGUGCGUUCAAACAGCGUUAUUGCUGUCAGUUUAACGUAUGCUAACACAGCAUAAUGCUUUUUCAAUUGACUUACAUUAUAAAUAAAAAAUAAAAAAAAGGAUUUUAACAAAUACUUUUAUGUCAUAUAGUUGACUACUUUUUUGCAUACGGCAAAAUUAAACUUACCGUAACUGAAACAGU